CCUAUAUAGGCGUGUGAGUGUCAAUUGUAAAUUAGUGUACGAAUACAUACCUGCCCGUGCUGUUGUUCAUCAAUAAUUAUUAUUUUGAAAUAUUUGUUAAAUACAAUAUUAAAUAAUAUUAUGAAAUUUACAGUCAUAUCGAUACCGUUGAUUAGUUUAGUUCUGCUUUUCGGAUCAAGUGAGUAUUUUUUAUUUUGUUGUCAUUUAAUUUUCUUAAUAGUUUAAAUUUGCCCAUGUAGAUUUGCAAUAAUAUUAUAUACAUUUUCUGUAAUAACUAGCAAAUAUAUUAUACUCUAUAGUAAGUACCUAUACAGUAUGCUGCCUCGGAGAGGGAGGGGAUAUACAAAUUAUUUGCGAAGUCAGUUUUUCGGGUUUUAAACAUAAACAAACCAUUAAAAGAACCAAAAAGGUAUCAUAAAUUAUUUUAAAUAUGAAAAUCACUCAUAAUUAACAAUAUCAAUGUACAUACAUAUUGUAUCAAUAUCAUUAUUAGAAGCAGAAUAUUUUAAACCGUGGUUAUUCAGUUGCAUAAUCGCACAGAUUAGACCGCCAACGAUGCAUCGUUAUCAUUUAUGUUAUUAUCAACAAACAAUGUUUGUUAUAUUAGAGUACAUAUCCAUUUACGUAACUGAUAACAAUGUUUGUAAAUAGAUAAAAAGAAACUAUGAUAUAACUUUGUUAUUUUUACUUCGAAUUAAAAAAAGUCAACAAAUAUUUAUAUUUCCUAAUGAUUGACAUAAAAUUUAAUUUUGUUUCGUAGACCUUAGUGUACAAACACUCAAAUUGUAAUGCGCACAUGCACAUUCGUGGUGCAAAUAAAGACAGAGUCUGCUAACACAACAGAAUACCUAUAAUUUCAUCGUUUUAUAUUAAUUAUUAUUAUAGGUAUUAUGUAGGUACAUUAUUAUGUUACGUAUAUUGUGUAUUAUUAUUACGAUAAAUAUCGUUAAUGUAAAGAAUGAUGAUAAUCAAUCAACAAUUAUUUAUCAAUUUCCUGCACUAAAUAUCAGUUAGUUGAUUUUGUUUUUAAUUUAAUUUUAAUUAACUUACGCUCAAUCGGGCAAUUUAAAAAGAAUUAAAGAUGCUUAUAAUACUAAGUUUUAAGUACUUGACAGAAGUUAAAUAAUUUUAAAACAGAAUAAAAACAGAUUAAAAGAAUAAUAACAUAAUAUAUAAUAGUCCAAGAACUAAACUACAGUUACGACACAUUGUUAAACAAGCGGAGCAUACAAUGAAAUGGAUAAUUGCCAUAAGAAGAAGAGUGGGAUGAUACAUAAAAAGGAGUGUGGUCCCUGGUAAGAUAAGAUGGGACACAGAACUGGAUGUUAGAAAGAAUAAUGAGAGCAUCGAGGGAGCCGCUCAGGAGAGACGGAACAAAACUAAUGCCAGCAAUUAAUCGACGCACAGAGAGCGUUGAGAUGUUUAAAGCUUGGUGAACAAGCAAAAGGUUAAAAAGAUAUAAUAGUGUUAAAUAUAUAUAUAUAUAUAUAUAUAUAUAUAUCAUAUAUACACAUAACCAUAAAUAUAUAUUACAAUACCUGUUAUUUGAUAAUAAAAAAAAGAAAGGCCAAAAUGGAUCAAUCUCCCCUCCCUCCCGUGAGAAUAUCAGUGCUUGUAUUAUAUAUAAUAAUAUCACUAAAAUAUGGCCAGCUUUAUUUGAAAAUACAUUCCUUGUGCUUCUCAGAAUCUAAAAUAAACCGUCAGCCAAACCACUGCGUAAUUCUAUGAAUAUUGCACAUAUCUUUUUAUUAGUGUAAAAAAAAAAAAACAAACUUGAUUUUUUUCAAAAUAGUACAUAAUUUGAAUUUAACUUGGCUUUUAAACGGGUUUGGGUUGUCUGAUUAUUUUCGUAAAACCAAAAUUAUUAAUUCUCGAUUCAAUUAGACCCACUUAUCUGGAUCACAUUUAAUGACAAGUACCUACCUUAAAACGCUGCAAUUAUUAGUCAACGCGAAAUCCGUUUCAAUGAUUUCCGGCACAAUAUAAUUACGGUUUUGAUAAUGAAAACCACUUUCUCGAUGGUUAAACCUAAUAUAAACUGUUUGCAAAACAAUCAAUAAAAUUACAAUUAAAUAGUGAAAUAUAUUAUAUAAUAAAUUACUUCCAUUAAAAAUUUAAAUGUCUCUAAUGACCUAAGGUUCAGUCAUAGUUCCUUUAUACUAGUACACAAGUACCACACCCAAAAUGGUGAUAAGUGAAGUAGAAUUUUCAAGUUUAAUUUAAUUUAUUUUAUUUUAUUUAUCUUCAUUUAAAGAUAAAUAGAAAUCCAAGAUAAACAAAUAUUGUAUUUUGCAAACUGGUAGGUACGCUCAAAUAAGAUAUUAUUAUGUAUAUAGGUACCUAUUUACUGUAAUAGAAAUAGAUAACUGUUCGCCAGCUAUAAUAAAAAUGCUGAUUUCACCGAAUCAACAGAAACCGCAGAAUGUAUUCUUAACAAAAAAAUAAUAGAAUGAAGUUAAAUGUUCAGGUCACAUCUAUCCAAUUACAUAUAUUAUUUGAAAUUGUGUUUUUUAUCAAUUUGAUUUGUUUAGGUGCUGCUCUAAAAUGCUACGAAUGCAAUAAUAGGUUGAAUACGAAUUGCAGUGACCCAUUUAUAAUAGAUAAUACUAUGUUAGUCGAUUGUAAGAAAAAUUGCAGUAAAAUUGUAUUUAAUGGUAAGUAUUAUCAAUGAGUUAUACCUUUUUUGUUUUUAAAUCAAGGUCUAUGAAUACUUUCAAUGUGACGAACUUUACAAAACAUCUAUUCCACAAAACACGAACAAUAAUAAUAAAUUAUUAAUUCGUUAUAAAAAUCAUGAUUUAAAUUUAAAUUAUUAAUGUACAUCAAUCAAUUCACGUUUGUUGCAUAGAUGGCUAUAACGUGUUCAGAGAAUGUGUUUCCGAUAAUGACGUCUGCGAGAAAGUGGAAAAAUCGGUUAAGUAUUGUUCCACCUGUGCCACAGAUAAAUGCAACGGUUCGAGUUCAUUGAAAUCUUCGCUAAUCGCAAUCGUUUCCAUUGCAGCAAUGGCCACGUAUUUAUUCUACGGGUUACAUUGAAAAAUCCAAAAAAGCUUACUUGACGAUGACUGUAAUUUACUUAAAUUAUUUAUUAUUACCAUUAUAAUAAAGCCCUCGGCCAUAUUGGGCUUACUUUGUAAAUUGUAAACGCGUCCUCCUUCAAUAUAAUUAGGUAUUAUAAUAUUAUUGUACUUUGUAAAACAGAGAGAUUGCAUGAGCGAUUCUUUUUUUCAUGAUAUAUUUAAAAACAUGUACCAAUUUCAACAUUCAAAUGUAUUUUAACU